AUGUCUUUAUCCACCGUUCAGAAAUUGAUGCUAAUCUCGCAAAAAAUGCGCGAUGCAAACGCGCAACGCUCUUCGAACUCAACACUGUCAUUUCUGCAGAAACAAAGCCGCCAUGAUGCUGGAUUGGAUGGCUCGGCAUGGGUCAGCAGGGUUUCAUUUUUGCCGCCGAAGGAAACGCAUGUCCGCGAGGCUCUGUUUGAGGCUAUCAAGGCACUUUCAGAUGACAGCCUUCCUGAUCUCAAAAGACCCGACGUCUCGGCCGUGGAGGCAGAAUGGAUAGGUGGUCGAAAGUAUGAUGAUACGAAUGUUGUUUCCGAACAGGAUAAAUACACAGCUAUGAUGAGAGAUGUGCAGACGCCGACCACCAUACUAUACGCUCGUGGAGGGGCUUUCUAUCUCUUCGGUCCCUCUAGGCCUCGUCCCACUGCUUUCCGACUCGCCGAACUGACAAAGGGUCGAUGCAUCACGAUCGAUUACCGUCUAGCUCCGCAAAAUCCCUUUCCAGCCGCUCUGCUUGAUCUUUCCCUCAGUUAUCUCUCGUUGUUAUACCCCCCUGUUGGAUCUUUCCAUGAGGCGGUACCUGCAUCGGCUGUGGUGUUAGCUGGCGAGAGCGCCGGUGUGGCCCUUUGCUUGUCCCUCAUUCAGACCAUCAUGGUGUUGCGAAAACUGCAGUCUAGGGACAAUCCUAUAGUCCAAUUUCAUGGCCGAAAUGUGGAAAUUCCAAUGCCUGCUGGUGUUACAGGUGUCAGCGGUGGGAUGGAUCAGGCUCUGGCGGUACCUUCAUAUGCGGAAAAUGCCAAGUUCGAUUGGCUAGCGGACGAGCUGCCUUGCACGAGGCCUGGGUACCCGACCUGUGAAAUAUGGCCGUCCGUUCCUCCGCGUGCCCACGUCUACUGUGAUGCUGCCCUAAUGCAUCAUCCUUUGGUGAGCCCUGCUACAGCUGAGAACUGGGUCGGUUCUCCACCUAUGUGGCUAGUCUCUGGACAAGAGAGACUCACAGAUUCCGUCAAGGUGAUCGCAAAGACAGCAUGUGAGCAGAAAGUCUGCGUGUGGUGGGAACAGUAUGAAGGGAUGCCCCAUACGUGGCCAAUGAUUUUGAGAGAUUUGCCCCAAACAGCCGUGUGCUUCCAGCACUGGGCCAGAGCUUGCCAUGAUUUCGUGACUCGAGAUCACCGAACACUGAGCUCUCAUGGCAUCUUUGUCACGGCAGAAGAUCUGGAAACCAGAGACGUGAGUGUGGAGGACUUGACCCAGCUCACAGCCGAGGAGGUACGGUCUCUGAUCAAAAGGAAAGCGACGGAUAUGAGGAUAUGGACUGGAAAAGAUGUUAAAGCAAACAUUUGA